CGCGUACGCGUACCAUAAAAACGGUACCAAGUUGGUGGUCAAUUCUAGCAUGCUGGCGUGGGGACGCGGAUUGCUGCGUUCUAAGGCGCCGACGUCAAUCAAGACAAGAUACUUAUAUGCCGAUAAAGUGGCAGGAGAGGCGCGCUGCUUGUCGGUGCUAACGUCAUCGUUGAGCCACGGAGAGACCGUGAAGAAUACGCUGUCUAGCCGCUGGAUUCCCCUCACUAAUCGACUUACGGCUCAUGGGGCCAGAUAUUUCUCGUCUGACACCACCAGAAGUGUGGAGAUCAGUAAGAACGAGAAUGAUUUGGCGGAUAAACAGUUGGUGGAUGCGAGGAGGAGAUAUCGCUUCACUCGUGACGACUUCCAGCCGGUGCAGACCAAGCCUCUGCACUUUGAUAUGAUUUUUGAUAUGACUGAAGACAAGAUUAAAGUUACGCUGCAGACGACGCUCAAGAAUUUAGGAGAGCAACCACUGUCGGAGCUCAAGUUGAACUCCAAAGAACUGGAAAUCUUGUCUGUGGAGCAGUUCGACAAGUUUGUGCCCUUGGGUAAGGAGAAGAAUUUCGUUGCUCACGUGCAGAGCUUCGCAGAUCCUCGCGCUCUGCAGUACGAGGUGGACAAGGAGGACCACUUUCUGGUUGUUAAGUUCACUAAGCCCAUUCAGCCCGGAGAGGAGUUCGUGAUCCGCACUGUGUCAGUGGCCACCCCAACUGAGAACAUUCUGGAGGGUCUGUACUUUGACUACACGCCUGAGGGUGCUCCCAAGACCAUCAUUACCCAGUGCCAGCAGCAUGGUUUCCAGCGUAUUGUGCCAUGCAUAGACACAAUGGAUGCCAAAGCUUACUACACCACCACCAUUGUGGCAGACAAGCGCUACACUAACAUCAUCACGAACGGAGACCUGGCCCCUGGAUAUCACACAGAGACUGGCGUUCCUGUGUUCCACCCAGCAUCGGAAGUACUGAGCGUGGACGAUCCCUCGCGUCAUGUACUGAAGUAUUACAACCACAAGGUGAACAUGGCGCCGUAUCUGUUCUUCCUCGGUGUCGGUACGUACGAGACUUUCCGCCGCACGCUUGAGUUUCCCGAUGGCGAUACAACGCUGCUGGAGAUCCUGGCGUUCCCGGGCUACUUUGAGCCAGCUGAUGCCAAGGCUGCCGUCAAGAUGCUGCACGACUCUGUGUUGUGGGUCAUGGUGAGUCUGGGUCCAGAGGCCUGCGAGCACCACGACGAGCGCAAGCGCAUCUACGAGCUUCUGGAAGAGCGUGAGGCUCUUAAGGCCAAGGAAGGUCCGUUAUGUCUUGGGCCAAACGAGGAAUAUGUCAAGACUCCACUAAGCGCCUCGGAUGCUGCACGCUUGGCUGCUGUUCGUGCGGAACUGAAGGAGUUGCUGAAGGUGUGGAAGAAGACCGGCUACAAGUACACUGGUGCCGUAUACCGCGAGAUUGCGAUGGAGAAUUCGUACUACGGAGGCAUGGAGAACGUCGGCAACACAACUAUUGUGAGUUCUUGCCUGUGUCCGAGCUGCCGUAUGGACGACAAGUCGUACGAGUAUAUGGAGCAUGUGAAGGUCCACGAAUACUACCACAAUAUCAAUGGCAGUCAGGUAACUGGCCAGUCCCCGUUCGAGAUCUGGCUGAACGAGGCUGUCACGGUUCACAUGGAGCGCAAGCGUGGUGCUGCCAUUUUCGGUGAGGACUACAGCCGUCUGAGCGAAGUGCUGUAUAUGUUCACCCCGGCGAUCGGACCACUUGCACAGGACAAGUCUGCGACGUCUCUGUCUGUUGAACCGCAGGGUUUCAACCAGACCCAGGAGCUUGUUUCUGUGGUGACCUACUCGAAGGCUCCUGAGUUCGUUCGUAUGGUCGAGUUGCUAUUAGGCGACGCUGCUUUCCACAAGGCUCUUGACAU